AUGGUUAUUCAUCCAUUCGGUGCAAACUUGGGUUCAGGUAACCAAAACUUCAGGCCUUCAAGGUCUUCUCUUUUAUUGUUAUAUCUGGAGACCUUCAGGAUAGAAUCUGAUUCAAUAACUUCAGUUGGUUUCUUUUGGCAGAGCUUAGCUGAACAAAUUUUAAAAGUUCGUUUUGGACUUUUAGAGAUAUAG